CGUUCGCCUGCCCUCCAACCACCAUCCCAAUGGCUCGUCUGUCUCUCCUCACUCUCCUCUUGGCGUCCUCUGUGCUUGGUCUGGCCUCUCCUCGCACGCAGCAGGAGACGUUACAGUCGGCUCUGAGUGACAAAUGGAAGUGGUCGGACUGUGGGCUUGACAGCAACCCAAUUCACAUCGAGUCUAUCGAGAUAACUCCUGAUCCCCCCAAGCCUGGUGAAGACUUGACUGUCACGGUUAAGGGUGUUGCCUCAGAGCGGGUGGAGGAAGGUGCCUAUGCAGACGUCGCAGUGAAAGUCGGACGGAUCAAGAUUUUGCAGAAAGAGGUUGAUCUGUGCGAAGAAGCUCGAAGCGCAAAUACGUCCGUACAAUGUCCCGUGGAAGAGGGAGAGUACACUGUUACACACACUGUUACCCUUCCCAAGGAGAUCCCACAAGCACCCUUCAACGUCGAAGUUGAUGGCUACACGGUUGAGGACGAGGACCUUGUAUGUUUGAGAUUGAGCAUCGACUUCCGCAAGACUCCUGGCCGGCUGUUGACCUUGUAAUUGCUUGACCGUCUGUUACCCUUGCAUUUCACGGUGCUCCUCCAUCUAUGAACUUUUCACGUAUACUCUUCACGACGAGCACGAUAUCCAGUGUGAUCUUGACCUUUCUUUCUUGGACCCCUUUGUAAUAUACGUGUCCCUUCAUAUAUUGUCGUGUAUACCAUCAUUCUUCCCCGGAACUGAUAGUUAAGCCAUGGGCUACAUACUUGAUGCCAUGCAAUAAAUGCCUAUGUCAGUC